GCGGGGUGGAGGUGGAGGGUGAGUUCACAGCACGCCGGCUGGGGAGUACUCACAGUCCCAAGAGAGCCAUGCUGCCCCUAGAGUUUUGGCCUGUGGUCGUGCAGUCCAAGGGGCUGGAUGGCAUGCUGGACCCAAGCUCACCUCAGUGUCUGGGCCCAAUAAAGGCUUUGCCAAGGACGCAGCUUUCUAUCCUGGCCACUGUGAGGUGCAUAGCGUAAUGUCCAUGUUGUUCUACACUCUGAUCACAGCGUUUUUGAUCGGCGUACAGGCAGAACCAUACACAGAUAGCAAUGUCCCAGAAGGAGACUCUGUCCCUGAAGCCCACUGGACUAAACUUCAGCAUUCCCUUGACACAGCCCUCCGCAGAGCUCGCAGUGCCCCUGCUGCACCAAUAGCUGCCCGCGUCACAGGGCAGACCCGCAACAUCACUGUGGACCCCAGACUGUUUAAGAAACGGAGACUCCGUUCACCCCGUGUGCUGUUUAGCACCCAGCCUCCACCCACCUCUUCGGACACUCUGGAUCUAGACUUCCAGGCCCAUGGUACAAUCUCCUUUAACAGGACUCACAGGAGCAAGCGCUCAUCCACCCACCCAGUCUUCCACAUGGGGGAGUUCUCAGUGUGUGACAGUGUCAGUGUGUGGGUUGGAGAUAAGACCACAGCCACGGACAUCAAGGGCAAGGAGGUGACAGUGCUGGGCGAGGUGAACAUUAACAACAGCGUAUUCAAACAGUAUUUUUUUGAGACCAAGUGCCGAGCCCCCAAUCCUGUUGAGAGUGGAUGCAGGGGCAUUGACUCCAAGCACUGGAACUCAUACUGCACCACGACUCACACCUUUGUCAAGGCGUUGACAACAGAUGACAAGCAGGCUGCCUGGAGGUUCAUCCGGAUAGACACAGCCUGUGUGUGUGUGCUCAGCAGGAAGGCUGCAAGAAGAGGCUGACUUGCCUGCAGCCCCUCCCCCACCUGCCCCCUCCACACGCUCCUGGGCCCCUCCCUACCUCAGCCUGUAAAUUAUUUUAAAUUAUAAGGACUGCAUGAUAAUUUAUCGUUUAUACAAUUUUAAAGUCAUUAUUUAUUAAAUUUUCA